AUGAAGUUCGACUUCUACCGCGACGUCCUCAGCCUAAUGAUGGGUAAGCUCGGCCUACCUGGCGCCGACAACUUCGGCAGAGAAAGCAACCAACGGCGAUCCCUUCUUCUCGACACAGUCAUGCAAGGUCGACCCAGAGUAUCCAGCUGCAAGCUUCUGCAGCUCCCCGCCGAGAUCCUCGCUAAUAUCGUCGACCUGCUAAGCAACGACAGGACAUCGCUGGAAUCCCUUGCGCUGGUCAACAGUGAUUGUCAGCAACUUGCUCGCUGCUGUCAAUUCGCCGAGGUAAACUUCGACUACAGUCUCGAAGCAAAGCAGCUUGCUUCCCAGCUUGUGGAGGACAAAUCGUCUCAGCUGUCCAAACCCGGGGUUGGCGCUUGUAUUCGCAGAGUUACUUUUGUAUCUCAUCCGCACCAUGUCGCACACACUCAUCGUGAGCUUUAUGAGUCAUUUUACGGCGAUGACGCUCAAUCAGUCGCCGUAGAACAACGACAAGUUCUCUCUGAUGAGGCGCGUGAGGAAGAUGGCGGCGUCCCUGUUUCGAUCGGAGAGUCAGUUGUAUCGUUUCCUCGCCUGAGAUACUUGAGGCUCCAAUUCGUUAAACUCGACAGCGUUGCUAUUUCAUCUUUUCUCGCAGCGCCUCUCAAGUCCCUUGACUUGGACGAUAGGGUAUUGAAUGAUCCCUCGACCUUUGAUUGCAAGCCUUUACGAGAUCUUGAGGACUUUGCUGUUUCUCAUCCGCCACAAAAGGCUUCAGCUUGUAAGCACAUCGCAAAGUUCAUCUCGCAGCACACUGGACUGCGCAGACUGUAUCUCCACGAGAGCUCGUCGGCUCAGGGAGGGACAGCGUAUCUCGAUGAUGUUAUUCUCCCCACACUCAGCAGCCUCGACUACGGUAACCUCAGAUCGCUAUAUCUAGCAUGGGGAGAAGCUCAAAUUCCUGAAAAGUCCCUACGAAGAAUCGGGCGACUUGUUUCUCUGGAGCAACUGAGUCUCAGUGCUGGAAAACCUUCCGGAUGGCAACACCAAUGGCUCGUGGAUCACGACGAACUUCGUCAGCAUCUCAGGCAGCUCCAAGGACUCACCAAGCUAGCACUGGUCCGCGACACGUGUCCCGUCCCCGUCCCCUACCCCGGGCUCCCCUCCGAGACCUACUAUAAGAUGCGGUUCGCGGGCUCCGAGGAGAGAGAGGAUGCAGAAGCGAGACCAGACCUCGAUAUGGACCAAGACACUGAGUCUGACGCUCAGGAGGGUGAAGGUUUGCUGGGAGACAUGGAAGAGAUAUGGGAGAGAGCUCAUCGAAACCGUAUGCUUGAUCAGGCUGAGAAGUACGCUGCUGUCUUUCCGAAGCUUGAGUGGAUGUUUUGUGGGCAGCGACCGAUGGGGUUCAUGAAGACACCUGAGGGACAGUGCGAGUUUCGAAGAGCAGUGCCUUUGACGCAGGGGAAGGAUGAGUGUCGUACAUAUCGACAGGCGAUUUUUAGAGGCUCCAACUAG